AGAAGCAGCCGCGCCCCGCCCAUUGACCCACCCGAUUACACUCCAUGGAAUAACCGUUAAAUUGUUUGUUGUUUUAUGUUAACGCUCGUUUAUUACGUUGUCCCUCGCGCCGUCCUCAGCUUCACAGCUGUCCACGAGUAGCCCCCCAGCCGGAUACUGGUCUCUUACCUCCAAUUUUAGAGUCGGCGGUUUGCUGUGAUUAAGAGAGAUUUAAAAUCAGAAACCUACGUUAGCAUCGGAAUACAUUUGUUAGCCUAUCAGCUGGUUAGCAUAGUAUAACAUUAUGGCGUUAAGUUAGGGAGGACAGUGGUUGUUCCCUCUAACCCUGGGGUACGAUAACAUAUUUGACUCAAAUAGGCCAGAACACAGAGAGACGGCGCUUAUGUUUAUCACCUGCAGAAUCCCAGAUUGAGCCUUUUUAUCACAGCUGUCUAGCGACUUAGUUGGACUAGCUAAUGAGCUAAACUGACGUUAGCAUGGCGUCAGAUACGAGUGACAACGAAGAAUUCUACGAUGCUCCAGAGGACGUUAGCUUGACUCCAAAAGAGUCACCUGCAAAGUUGGUCAUUCCUUCACCUCAGGAGGCAUCAGAAAUUUGUGCGAAUGCUCCAGAAACUGUAAGCUGUGCCGCAUCAGAAACUCAGCAAGAUGAUUCUCUACAGAUCAUUGAUAGCAUCAUUGAGGAGAGUCAAAAGGGAAGUGCCGUUGAUGUUUGUGAGGUGGUCCAGUUGUUAGAUGAGCUACAGGUUGAUGUAAAAUCAGAGCCAAAGGAAGAGCAGCAUGCUGUGAAGGUUCCCAUGGAGAGAACAGUCCUAGUUGUUGCACCUGAACUUGUUGAGGAGUCAGAGGAGCAACAGGAAAGUCUAACUAGUAAUGGAGAAUGCUCUCUAGCUGCUCCUGACCCUCCAAGUCUACCAGGACCUUCAGCUGAGUCCCAAGACCAAGUGCAGCCUCCAGAUCUCACCAGCACCAUCGUUCACAGCCAGGCUGACGCUGCUGCUCUGAUGACAGAAGGCGAGAAGGAGCAGAGACCUGCAGACAUCUUGGACCAGGUUCCCUUAACAGACAGGCCGCUUCAAACGGACUCAAUGGGGCCCUUAAAACCCCCCCGACAGUUCACAGUAGAGCCUGAUAUCGUAGCCAGCACCAAGAAGCCUCCUCCAUCACGGCCACCGCCUCCCAGUGGGGGUCCUCCGCCGAGGCCUCCCCCGCCAUCCUGCCGCAGCUUACCAUCCAGGAUGUCUCAGGAAUGUGUGAGGCCAAGUGGAUUGGAAGUAUCUGCGGUGAGUGCUGUAAGCUGUGAUUCUCUGGAGCCCUCUGGUUUGAUGUCUCCAUCCAGCACAGUGAGGUGUCUGACUAAAGACCUGCAGCAUUCCUUGGAUCUGGCCAGUGCCACCAGCGGAGAAAAGGUGGUAACAGCACAGGAAAAUGAGGAUGAACAGGCCUCAUCUCAGAGUGGAGGACAAACCCCCGGCCCUCAGCGUCCACGUUCUAAUUCUGGCAGAGAACUGACCGAUGAAGAAAUACUGGCCAGUGUGAUGAUCAAGAACUUGGACACCGGAGAAGAGAUUCCCUUAAUUCAAGCAGAGGAGAAACUUCCUACAGGGAUCAACCCUCUCACUCUACAUAUCAUGAGGCGGACCAAGGAGUACAUAACGAAUGACGCAGCACAGUCAGAUGAUGAUGACAAGUCUCAGGCUCCAUUGACAGACACAGAUGGAGGAAAACUGAAGCAGAAAACGACCCAGCUGAAAAAGUUCCUGGGCAAGUCGGUGAAAAAGGCCAAGCACCUUGCUGAGGAAUAUGGAGAAAAGGCUGUCAAUAAAGUGAAGAGUGUGCGUGAUGAAGUUUUCCACACAGAUCCAGACGAUCCUUCAUCCAGUGAUGAUGAGGGCAUGCCGUACACCCGACCGGCCAAGUUCAAGGCAGCUCACAGCUUUAAAGGUCCCUUCGACUUUGACCAGAUCAAGGUUGUGCAGGACCUGAGCGGAGAGCACAUGGGAGCUGUUUGGACGAUGAAGUUCUCUCAUUGUGGAAGACUUCUGGCAACUGCAGGCCAGGAUAAUAUCGUUCGCAUCUGGGUCCUUAAAACUGCCUUCGACUACUUCAAUAAUAUGAGAUUAAAGUACAACACUGAAGGUCGAGUUUCUCCAUCUCCUUCUCAGGAAAGUCUGUGCUCAUCUAAAUCUGACACGGAUCCAGGGGGAAGCUGUGCCCCAGAGGAUCUGGACACCGAAGACAGAAGUGCUCCUUUCCGCCAAAUUCCCUUCUGCAAGUAUAAGGGACACACAGCUGAUCUACUGGACCUGUCCUGGUCAAAGAACUUUUUCCUGCUCUCGUCCUCCAUGGAUAAAACGGUUAGAUUAUGGCACAUAUCCAGGAGAGAGUGCCUCUGCUGCUUCCAGCACAUCGACUUCGUCACAGCCAUUGCUUUCCACCCCAGAGAUGACAGAUACUUUUUAAGUGGUUCUUUGGAUGGAAAACUCCGACUUUGGAACAUUCCAGAUAAGAAGGUGGCUCUGUGGAAUGAGGUGGAUGGUCAAACACGGCUCAUCACCGCCGCCAACUUCUGCCAGAAUGGGAAAUACGCCGUUAUCGGCACCUAUGAUGGACGCUGCAUCUUUUAUGACACCGAGCGGCUGAAAUACCACACCCAAAUUCACGUGAGAUCAACCAGAGGAAGGAACAAAGUCGGCCGCAAAAUUACAGGCAUUGAACCUCUGCCUGGGGAGAACAAGAUUUUGGUCACCUCAAAUGAUUCCCGUAUUCGUCUGUAUGACCUGAGAGACCUGUCUCUGUCCAUGAAGUACAAAGGUUACGUCAACAGCAGCAGCCAGAUAAAAGCCAGCUUUAGCCAUGACUACUCCUUUAUAGUCAGUGGCUCGGAGGAUAAAUAUGUGUACAUCUGGAGCACUUACCACGAUCUGAGCAAAUUCACAUCAGUACGACGAGACCGCAAUGACUUCUGGGAAGGCAUCAAAGCACACAAUGCAGUCGUCACCUCAGCUGUUUUUGCACCUCAUCCGGAUCUUAUCGUUCCUCAAGAUCCGUUAGCAGAGAAACCCGAGGCAGACCGGAAGAGCCUGGACUCCACGGAUUCCUCUGAAACGAUACCAUCAGGAGCCCUGAAAACUGAUCACACAGAAGUUCUCCUCUCUGCUGACUUUACUGGAGCAAUUAAAGUUUUCAUCAACGUCAAAAAGUACUGAGCACUUUGGACGCAGGCCUGUUCAGCUGAAGAUGGACGAUGAGUCAAAGUUCCUUUCUCUACCUAACGGUUGUUCCUCUGAGUGUAAAGUGGAGAAAGACUGUACAAAGUGGGCAAGGUGAAGCAACUUGUCUUAUUUUUUAUCUUUCAUACCAGGUAACUGAACAGUUCAACAUCUGGAGAUCCAGAAAUAUUUGCACAGAAAUUAUUUCUGUUCAGAUGUUCAUGAUUAUAGCUGUGUGGCCAAGAAUUAUUAUAGAG